CCUGUAAUUUGUCAUCUGCUGUCUACAUAUAAAUAAAUAAUUUAUAUUUAAAUUAUUUUGCAAUCGUAAAUUGUGAUUAGAUGCGUGCUGUGGCGUUACAUUUACAUAUUGAUUAAUAUUUAGAAUUCAGAUUGUUCUUCAUAUAAGGGUCAUGCAAUCUAGAAGACAAUAAACUUGUAUGCAGACAACACUUAAUUUUAUGUGUACAUUGAUAAAAAACCAAAGAUUCAGACCAAAGACUUGCAUUUUAACGUUAACUAUGGCGGAAAUAAAUGUUUGCAAAAAAAAGGAUUGCUUGACUCAAGAUAAUAUUUUAUCCAAGAAAUAUUAUAGAAGAGCUGAACACAGGAUCUUUGUGAACAGAUCUCUCCAUUUAGAAAAUGUAAAGUUUUAUGGCUUUGAUAUGGAUUACACUCUGGCUGAGUAUAAAUCGCCGCAGUAUGAGACAUUAGGAUUCAAUCUUACCAAAGAAAGGCUAGUACAUAAGGGAUAUCCGCAAGAGAUUUUGGAAUUUGAAUAUGACCCCUCGUUUCCUGUUAGAGGUUUGUGGUUCGAUACCUUGUAUGGAAAUUUGUUAAAAGUCGACGCGUACGGUAAUAUUCUUGUAUGCGUGCACGGAUUUGAAUUUUUGAAACAUUCACAAGUAUACGAAUUGUACCCAAAUAAGUUUUUAACGUUGGACGAGUCAAGAGUGUAUGUGUUAAACACAUUAUUCAAUUUGCCGGAAACAUAUUUGAUUGCUUGCCUGAUUGACUUCUUCACAAACUCGCCUCAGUACACAAGGGAAAAAACUGGUGUAAGAUGCGGAGAUUUAGCUAUGUCGUUCAAAUCGAUAUUCCAAGACGUCAGAAAUGCGGUAGACUAUGUUCACAUUCAUGGGGACUUGAAGAAGAAUACCAUAGAAAAUCUAGAUCUGUAUUUGAAGAAAGACAAGAGGCUCCCAACUUUCCUGUCAAGGAUAAGAGAUAGCGGUGCGAAGUUAUUCAUUCUCACGAACAGUGACUACAACUUCACAGACAAAAUCAUGAACUAUUUGUUCGAUUUUCCUCAUGGCGCUAAGCCCGGCGAUCCUCAUAGGAAUUGGAAGACGUACUUUGACUGGAUCGUGGUAGAUGCUAAGAAACCGCUUUUCUUCGGCGAGGGCACAACCCUUCGGCAAGUGGACACCCGCACGGGGGCACUCAAAAUGGGACACCAUGUUGGACCUCUGCAUGAGGGUCUCGUGUAUUCUGGAGGAUCCUGUGACGUAUUCACGGAACUGAUUAGCGCCAAGGGCAAAGACGUGUUGUACAUCGGUGACCACAUAUUUGGAGAUAUCUUGAAGUCCAAGAAGAUUGGUGGAUGGCGUACAUUCCUCAUAGUUCCAGAGUUAGUCCAAGAGCUUCAUGUAUGGACAGACAAGUGCCAAUUGUUUGCACAACUCCAAAAUUUGGAUAUACAACUCGGAGAUAUGUACAAAGAUCUCGAUUCGAGUACAAAAGAGAAGCCGGAUAUCUCGAAAUUGCGUGCGGCCAUUCGUGACGUCACACACAAGAUGGAUCUUGCUUAUGGUAUGCUCGGGUCGCUCUUCCGGUCCGGUUCCAGACAGACGUUCUUCUCGUCACAGGUGGUGAGGUACGCAGACCUGUAUGCAGCAUCAUUCCUUAACCUGAUGUACUAUCCCUUCUGCUACAUGUUCCGUGCCCCGGCUAUGCUCAUGCCCCACGAGUCUACGGUCGCACACGAACAACGAUUCACAGUUGAUACGCCCACCAUUGAUAGAACGCGACAGACAUACGCCCAACGCGCUCUCAGCACUACUUGUGUGGCAGAGAUUUCAUCUGAUGAAGCUGUUGGAUCACAGGAUACGGACAGCAAGAACUCAACAGUACCCCAUGUGCGUCCAGAGACGCCCCGGCAACUGACACACACACACGACGAAGAUUGUUCUGAUGAUGAAGAUGUUUCUAAGGGGUCACACAAAUAAAACAAGGUACAAUUGUCGACCGACGCAGAAACACUGGCCUGGUUUACGUUAUGAAAAUAUGUUUCUUUAAACCCUAUGUUAAAACCAAAUGUUUGAUGUAUAAAAAUUUAAAUUUUAACCAUUUUAUUGACAAAUAAAACGAAGUAUUCACCAAAUCACACUUGACCGUAUUCAGACCCCUAUUAGCUGGUUUUUAAGCGUUCUGUAACGCUUAAUUAAGCACUUUAAUAACAAUAAACGUUUUGUGAAACUGAGCUUUGUUAUAGGAAUAGUUUUAAGCGCUAGAUUGGUGCAAAUUAGAGUCAUAUUUAAAAUUUAAAGCGCUUCGAGCGACCGCAUUGCUUUUUAAAGUCGACAUUUGCAAGGUUCCCAAUUCCCUCGCUAUAGCGGCUGGUCAAGACUAAAAAAGUGUGGCAGCAUUUUUUUGGCUUUUAACAAUUAGUUAGUAUUUUUGUUGGACAAUGGCUUAUAUAUUCUACUUUUCUAACAAUUAAGUUAACAAAAAACAGUUUGUUUAAAAGUUGCAAAGUUAUCCGUAAAGAACAUUUUUGAAAAUUAAAAUAGUGAUUCUAGCGGAAUUCAUAAGUCAUUGUAUGUUGUGUUUUGUAAGAUUUAUGUUUAUAAUAAAUUUUAUUUUUUGUUGUGAUAUAUUCACACUUGGUAUAUUUUAAGGUAUGUUCUUAUGUCAAUUUAUUACAAUAUUAAAAUAUAUAAUUAUAAAGCUAUAUAUUAUAAUUUUCAAUAAACAGUUAUCAGUCCUUAUAGUCACAUACUACAUAAAAAUUUAAUCCAAAUUCAGCAACUAUAUGUUGUUUCUCUCUGUAUAAUAUUUUGUAAAGGACAUACUACGUCAUUGCUCGUUGAGUGCUUACGGUUUGAAAAAGGGAACUUCAAUAACUAUACGCACAUGAAUAAUCUCUGAUAAUAAUUGUAGUUAGGUAGAGUUAAAAUGUAGCUAAUAGGUGACACUAAGUGUAAAGUGGAGUCUAAAUUAACAAGAAAAAAUGUAUUUUAACAAGAACGAAUUUUUUUAACAAAUGUUUCUAGUAUGAAUGUUUUUGUGUUUUUUUGCGGAUGUCAAACUUACUUCAAAUGUACGCUUUAAAUGAACAAAAAAAAUCUACAGUUAACACAUGUUUCAAUCAAAGAGAUGACUAUAAUGGCAAUACAUUUUCUAUGUGUAACAUAAUGCUUGCGUUCCCUAGUUUAUUAAUAGAAAGGACUAAGGUCGCCUCGGGUGUCAAACAUCUCUCUUUAAUCUUUUUAUUUUAUUUCUGAAUAAAAUAUCAAUAUCUAGGAAAUUUGGUAUUUUAUUUGAUGAUGAAAAAUGUUUUCUAUAAAGUUUUUUGUUCUAGCCAGUCUAGACUCCACUAAAAAUUGACUGAGCUGCACAUAUUAAUUGUUAUUUGUGAUUAGAUACGAGUUUUGUCCCUAACUAUUGAUUACAAGUAUGUGAUUAUUACUAGUGAUUUUAAUAUAUUUUUUAAAUUAUCAAAGUAAAAUUGAACACAAUAAAUAGAAUGAAUCAUA